CAAAUCAGAGGCUGCAGCGGCCUCUGGUGGCCGGUGUCGGGCGGCGCUCCCACUCGCGGCCGUGGGAAGGGAAGCGAAGGGAAGCGAAGGGAAGCCCCGGGAGGCGGAGUCGGGGCGGCGGCGGCAGCGUCGGCGGUGGGGCGAGCAUGGGUCCGGGCCCGGGCCUGGGCCGGGGUCUCCUCGCCGCCGCCGGGCUCCUGCUGGCUUUGCAGGCCUUGCAAGCCUCCCCUCCUCCAGAUGGCAUGAGUGUCCUCCUUAUCAUUGCUGACGACCUGCGCCCGGCCUUGGGGUCUUAUGGGGACAAACUGGUCAAAUCCCCCAACAUCGACCAGCUGGCCUCCCACAGCGUCGUCUUCCAGAACGCCUUCGCCCAACAAGCGGUCUGUGCCCCGAGCAGGGUGUCUUUCCUCACCGGACGAAGGCCGGACACCACCAGGCUCUACGACUUCAAUUCCUACUGGAGGACACAUGCAGGGAACUACUCCACGUUGCCACAAUACUUCCAGGAGAACGGCUACAUCACCCUGUCCGUCGGGAAAGUGUUCCACCCAGGGAUUUCCUCGAACCAUAGUGAUGACUACCCCUACAGUUGGACCAUUCCAGCUUUCCAUCCUUCUUCUGAAAAAUAUGAAAACAUAAAGGUUUGCAAAGGGGAGGAUGGGAGCCUCCACGCCAACCUCAUUUGCCCGGUGGACGUGUCGGAGAUGCCCGAGGAGACCUUGCCGGACAUCCAGAGCACCGAAGAAGCCCUCCGUCUCUUGGACAUUGUGAAAGAACACGGCAGGAAAUUCUUCCUCGCCGUCGGAUACCACAAACCACAUAUCCCAUUCAGAUAUCCCAAGGAAUUUCUCAAGCUGUACCCCUUGGAAAACGUCACGCUGGCCCCGGAUCCCGACGUCCCCAAAGAGCUCCCUUCUGUGGCUUACAACCCCUGGGCGGACAUCCGGCACCGGGAAGACGUUGCAGCCCUGAACAUCAGCUUCCCUUACGGGCCGAUCCCGGAAGACUUCCAGCGGCAGAUUCGCCAGAGUUACUUUGCCUCUGUCUCUUACUUGGACAUGUUGGUUGGGAAGCUUUUGAAUGGCUUGGACGAUGAAGGGCUCUCUCAUAAUACCAUUGUCGUGUUUACGGCUGACCACGGUUGGUCCUUGGGGGAGCACGGCGAAUGGGCCAAGUACAGCAAUUACGACAUCGCCACCCGCGUUCCGCUGAUGUUCUACGUGCCCGGAGUGACGGCUCCCACCCCCCGCCCGGGAGAAGAAGUCUUCCCUUUCAUCGACCCGUUCGCUCAGGUUUCAAGUCCCGCGCCCCAAGGGCGGCCCGGGGAGACGGUGGAGCUGGUGUCCCUCUUUGCCACGCUGGUGGAGCUCGCAGGGCUGCCGGUGCCUCCGCCGUGCCCGCAGCCGUCCUUCCGGGUCCCCUUGUGCGUGGAGGGCCAGAGCGUGGCCCGCUACUUCCCCCCCGGCCGCGCGGGAGGAGCGGACCCCCCGAUCGCCCUCAGCCAGUACCCGCGCCCCGGAGACACCCCGGGAUGGAACUCGGAUCUGCCGGCGCUGCAGGACAUCCGCGUGAUGGGCUACUCCAUCCGCACCGCGGAUUACCGCUGCACGGUGUGGUUUGGCUUCGACCCCAACAACUUCACGGUGCACCUGCAGGACGUCCACGGCGGGGAGCUUUAUUUCACCGAGAGCGACCCCAACCAAGACCACAACAUGUUCAACAACAACACACUCAGCGGGCCCCUGGUCAGAAAGCUUUGCAAGAUCCUGGAGCGUUGAACUGGGAAGGGGAUUUAGGGCCACGUUAGUUCUCUAAACACAGAGCUUUGUGUUAUACACAAAGAGGGCUCAUCAGGGAUAGUUCACUUUCUGCUACAUAGUGUACAAUACGAUGUGUUACUAAUUUUUCUUAAAAAAAUGAAUUAGUAUUCAUUAGGUCGUUGGUCAAUAAACCAAUUUAUUCUC